CAUUGAUUUCAUUAGCUUUCUCUCACAAAUUUCAUUCCUUAAAUCUCAUUCUCUACUCUUUUUUUUUUGUUCUUACAACUCGAAUUUUCGUUUCCAAUUAUAAUGAAGAGUGGUGAAGAUGAUCACUAUCCUUUGCGCAUGAAAAUAGAUUGGUCUGAUAAAGUGACCAAAACUUUAGAGGAAGCUAUGCUUAAAGCAAAGUCGUCUUGUAUUCACAAAUUUGAUCUUAAUAAACUUCCUCCUUCUGAUACAGAUGAUGAAGAGCAGGAUGAAGCAAAGAGAAGAGACCAUAAAGUUUCUAGUGGAGCUCCCUCUAGGUUUUGUAAUAAUUUUGACCUUAACAAGUCUCCAAAGGAAGAGCCACCAAACCACGACGGUCACAAGGUAACUCAGAACGUUCUAAACCCUAAACCUCUCAAGAAAAGAGGAAGAGGUAGUAGUGGUAGGUUGAAUAAAGCAAAGAAGCAAAGACUCAACGUUGUUUUGGAAGUAAAAGACGCGGUGCUCAUCUUUGAGAAGACUUUGUUUGCGAGUGAUGUUAAUCCAAAUCAGAGCCGUUUCUUAAUCCCUUUCAAAAAGCUAAAAAGAAACGACUUCUUGACUCAAGAGGAAUCGAGUUUCUUAGAACAAGAUGAAAACAAGAAGGGGAAGAAGCCUGGAGUGGAAGCGCUUCUCGUGAACGAAAGGUCUCAAACGUGGAGUUUGGUUUUCAAGAGAUGGGUGAUGAAGAAGGAGAAGGACUCUCAAAACGGUUCGUUGCACUACGUUUUGAACCGUGGCUGGAACGACAUCGUUAAGGACAAUAAGUUGGAAGCCAACGAUAAGAUCAGUCUCUGGUCUUUUAGGUCCGAUGGAGUUCUUUGCUUUUCCCUUGUUACUCAUCCUUCCACCAUUAGCUCAUAGUAGCUCUUGUGCUAUCUCAUGAUUGUCGUUCUCUCUUUUUUUUUGUAGGUGGUAAAUUUUGGUUUUUCUUUACGUUUAACUAGUAAGGUUUGACAUUAUUUGUUGGGUUUUUUUGGUUGACAUUUUUGUUUCAAUUCUUCUUGAUUGUUGGUGCCUAAAUGUCUAUUUGUUGUUUCUGCUUCCGUAGACAUGAAUCUAUGUUUUUUUUUUGUUUCGUUUUCAGAGUGAAUGAUCAUACAAAGGGAAACCCUCUUAAUAAAGUUUUUUAACUAAAGAAGCUGCUAAGGGAAACAACUAGCUAGCUAGCUAGAUUGAUCAAUCAUCACUCUAAACUUUUAGUAUGUUUUCUGUUCUUGUUUAUUUGCAAUUACAUUCUUAAGAUUACUCUUUUAAAGAUUGAAGAGUUUUCUCUAAUCAUAGGAUAAAAUAAUUAUAAAUGCAUAUACGUACACGCUUUUUAGACUGAAUUCUCUAAAUAUCCAUUAAUUUAUCGUACAUGUGAUAGUUGAUAAAAAUCAAAUCUCACGAUAGAGGUAGAGCUAUAUAUAUACAUUGUUUAGUCUCUUUUUUCUGUCACAUAAUUUGUGAAAUAAUCUAAACUUGCAGCAAACCGAUGAAUGAAAGAGAGAGAUAUAGAAGCAACUUCGUCCCUACUUUUCUUACUAACUUUUUAUUUAGCAAAUAUACAAAUAAAAUAUGAUAGCUCAUUUACACACAAUUACCUCAAACUUUUUAAAGUAGACAAAUACAUAUAUGAGAUGAUAACUAUACAUGUGAAUAAAAGUUCAGUAAAAAAACUAUAUAUGUGAAUAUAUUCAAAAAUGUCUGAGAUCUUUCUACAGUUAGAUUAUGUGGUAAAGACUAUUUUAAUUUAUAAUAAGGAGUAGUGUUGAAUCUAAGAUUAAUCUAUGGACAAUGUGGGUCGUUAUGAUUAAAACUGCAUCAAGGUACUCGAAUUUUGAUAUCAGUCCAUAUGAAAAACCUUCAACCAUUGUACUACCAUAGUUGGUUGAUAGUAAAGACAUGCAAACUAUAAGAGGUAGUAGUAAUACACGUAAUAACUGAUUUUUUUUUUGUAAUCGUAAUAAUUGAUUUUGUAUACAAAAAAGGGUAAUAACUGACGUUAAGUCUAUCUAGGUGGUAGUAACUUAAACGUACCGUUGAACUAACUGUGUUUGUAUUAUUUAGUUCAUCUUUUUUAAUAUAACACGUAUUAAACUUGUUUUCCAAAAACAAAUGCUAAGAGUACUUUAUCAUUUUUUUUUUGACAAAAAAAAAAUAUUAUGGUUUGUCAUAUAACUCAUAAACUCAAUAUAAAUAGGGCAAAUCUCCAAAAUAGCACUUUUCUAAGUUUAU